AUGAAAUGCAAUCACAUCAUUAGAUCUUCCAACAAAGCCAUCAAAAUCAAGCCUGCGCUAAGGGCUGGCGGGCUCCGGCGGUUCCCGCGGCGGCAGCCAGCCGGGCAGCGCGGCCGGCGGCGCGCCCAUGUCCCCGCCCGGGGCCGGGACCGGGACCGGGGCCGGGACCGGGACCGGGGCGCUGCGGGGCCGCCCCGCUCCGCUCCGCCCCGCUGCGCCGGGCCGGGCCGGGCCGUGGGGCCGCUCCCGCGCCCCUGCGCCGCGCUGCGCGGCUCUGCUCAGCGGCGCGGGGAGGGGAGCGCGGAGGGCGAUGCCGAUUGCAUCAUCUUAAAGGAGUCGGGCCGGGAUGGGCGCCCCGGGCCGGGACCGGGCCAGCGGCAGCACCGGGGCCGCUGCCGGGGCUGCGGGAGGGGCCGCAGCCCGCCCGGCUCGAGUUGGGGGAAAGUUCCUCCCCGCUCCGUUCCUCGCCGUCCCCCGCCGGCCGGCAGCGCCCGUCCCCUGCCCGCCCGCCCGCCGAAACGUGGCCUUUCCCGGCUCCGCGCGGACAACGGCGGCGGGUUCAGCCGGCGACGCGGGCGGGCAGGGCGGGAGCGCCCGGCGGGUGGGGGCUGCCGGCACGCACGCCCGUGGCUUUCAGGCAGGACCGCGAUUUUAUCACGCUGCUGGCGCUCCUCAUCUCCCCAGCGGCGAGCCGGCAAGGGCAGGAGCCAGCAGCGAGGUGAUCCGCCGAGGGAGGAGAUUUUAGGCAAAACAAUGGGGGACACAAGUCCUGAAGCUUCGAAGCCUCGGCUGUAACAGGAAGGCUGAACAGCGCAGGGGAAAAACGCCAGCUCCCGGAGCUGCGCGAUCGCCGGGCCGCCCGCGGCCCUGAGGGGGCUGACCGAGGCCAGCAAGCCCCGCCAGCGCCGGCAGCAGCGCGGUGCGAGCAGCGGCUCCCAGCCGCGGCCGCCAUCCCGCGCU